AUUUUAAUAUUAAGUGGAACUGAAGUGUACUCUAUUUUUUUAUAUAUUACUUAGCUUUUAAGUAUUUUAGAAAUAUUGACGUUACAGUACAGAUAGAUUUCUAAUAAAAAUCCUGAUGUUUUAAGUUCGGCAGCCGAUUUUUAAUUUGUAAGCUAAUCUUGUUUAGUACAGCAGGCACUGAUGACAAUAUGAUUUCAGAGGGAAAUGAGGAAGACAACUCAAGAUACAGUACCAAGAAACCUAUUGUUCCAAGAAAACAAGCAGUUUACCCAAAACCUUCAGUUGUAGGUAAGAAAGGAGUAAGUAUGCUUAAUAUAAGUAUGCCUAAUGAUGAUGCAGAUCAAUCCACUCAAUCUGUUUAUCCAAGAAAAGGGGCUGACCCACAGGAAGAAAAAGCUGUUUUGACAGGUGUAGAGGUUGGCACUGAUAAAUCAUCUAAAGAUACUUAUUACCAAAGUCCAGUGGCUGCUCAAUCUGUAUCAAAGAGCACUGAAAAAAGUAAUGGAAAAUACAAAGAUAAUGUAGAUAACAAAGAAGUGAGUGAGCAGAAUAAAAGCUGGACUGAUAUAUCUAAGAAUAGUAGCACUACCUCUGUUGUUGCCACCAGUAACCCAUUGCUCGGUGAAAUCCACGCCAAGCCAACAGUUGCAACUGAUGAGCUUGAUGCUGCCACUACAGAUUCUGAAAGUGACUAUAUUAAUUUUGGAGCAGUGAUAUUAGGGUUACUCCUCUGUAUAGCUCUAGCAGUGACGGUGGUUCUUGGGUAUCGGAAGUUCAAGGAUAUUUGGAUGAGAAGGCAUUAUGCACAUGUGAAUUUUCUUGUUGAUGGAAUGUAUGAUAUGUGAAAUAUCAUUUUAAGGAUUUCAUUGCUGUUGUUGUAAUUCUUGUAAAAUUGCCAAUAAAAUGCAUUUAAUGACUUGGUUAUUUGGGUACUUAUACAGUAUGUUUUAUAUCACAGAUUUUGAAGACUCAAUACACUGAAUAUUUUUUGUUUAAAUGUAUCAGCACUUAAUUAUGUCUUAAAUCACUUAACAAGUACAGUGUGAAGCUGUUAAUAUAUUGAACAGUCGGGUCAUAAUGUUUGUUAUAUUUUGAUUUUUUAAUGAGGCAAUAAAGUCUUUAUAUUUAUUAUUGGGACCUGUACAGUAUUAAUAAUGUAAUAUUUUUUAUAUUACAGUACGUACUGUAUGUAGUAUAUUGGUGUAUUACUCUAAAUAUUCAUUUUUGUAUGAGUAUCAUAUGUUAUGAUACUAGAGUCCAGUUGUUAAAACCACUGGUUUAUACAAGACAAGGUAAUGAGUUUUUGAAACUCGUAUAUUUUUGUUUAAAUUUUUUUUUUUUUUUUUUGUUUAAAAAUUCUUUUUUUUUUCAGUUGCUUUCUAAAUGUGGUCUAUGAAGCAGCAUUACAUUGCAGACUGUACAAUUUUUAUUUUAUGUAGAAUACAAGGGUUGAAUGAAAUAUUAUAAAUAUUUUGACUGCAUGCCACCGUAUGCACAAAAUAUUUUAUAUUUGCUAAUACAAUAAUUUCAGUGUAAUUUUUUCUUUAGCACAGCCCAGAUUUUCUGCAUUUACUGCAUUAUGUUCUUUUUGUUUUUUAGAUUUAGUUGUGUCAAGGCUUGAAGUGCAAUAUAUUUUAUAUUUAUAAUAUGCAGUAAUCUUGUUACAAAGAUGCAUUCCCGAGAAACGAGAUUAAGCAAAAUUUACUCCAAGCAAAUCUCAUUUUAACACUUUCAUUUUAUUAUUGGAUACAUUCCUGGUUAAAGUUUCCUGUAUAAUUUUCCUCUUGGCUCUUAUCUUUGGCAUUAGCAAAUUGAAAACAUAAGAACAUGGUCCUGUUAUUAGAGUUUGUCACCCCACAAAAUACAAAGAAUAAAGGCACAAUACUGUACAGUUUGAGGGGAAACUGUAAAUGACAUUUUAGUCCAUCUAGGACCAUUAUCAAGCUCCAUCUCCAAAUUGUCAGUUAAUAUUGAGCUAUUCCCUUUGGGGCAUUAUGACUUCAACAGUACAGUAUAGUAUAGUGAACAGAACACAUACCAGGGAUGACAGCCUUCAUAGGUUGAUGUCCCGAGAUAUGUGGUGGAGCCGAGUGUUGCUGUAGAUUAUGUGGGUUAAGGGCGAGAGGUAUUAUUUUUUUAUUUUUAUUAUUUAUAUUUUAUUUAUAUUACUGUUUAAUACAACCGCCAUCUCCCACUGAGGCAGGGUGACUCAACAACGAAGGAACUGAAGUUCAUUAAGCUUAAUAGCUUUGAAAGUUAAAAAAACAGAAUUUACAUUCAAUUCUUGCCUUGAUAGGGGGGCACUACAGCUCAUAAAAGAGAGAAAGAGAAUUAACUUAUUGUUUUUUCAAUUGCUUUAAAUUGGUUCCAUAAUUUUUUUUGUGUACGAGUUUUUGAUGCCUAUUUAGUUGGCUAAUAUUUUUUUAAGUAAAAAUUGGUCAAGAAAUAUUUGUAAAGAGGAUUUUUUUCUUUUAAAAUGCUAUUUUUUUGUAGAUUAUGAGAAGAUUGGAGUUACCAAAAGUAUUAUUCAUAUAGCAGAAGAGGGGUUAUAGAGGUGAACAUUUAGAAAGGAUGGAGAAAAAUAGGAUGACUAGGAGGGUGUAUAAAUCUGGGGUGGAGGGAAGGAGUGGUAGGGGUUAUCCCCAGGAGGGUUGGAGGUGAGGGAGCAAAGGAGGUUUAAUUGCUAGGGGCUUGGACAUCCAACAGGAUUGUGUGUGUGUGUGUGCUUGAUAGGAACAAGUGGCUUUUAUGAUUUGAUGUGCUAUUGGAGUGUGAACAAGAAAACAUUAAUGAAUGGAUACAGAAAAGCCAAUUAGUUAGACUUGAGUCCUGGAAGUAGGAAGUACAAUGCCUGAAGGAAGGGUGGGGAUGUUACGGUUUGGUGGGUCAUCUGAAAUGUAAUGUUGCCCUUCUAGAAGACAGUGAUUGAAUGAGGAACAUCGAAAGUGUUUUCUUCUUUGUUGGGUGACCCCUACCUCGAUGGGAGAUAAUUGGAGUAUUAAAAAAAUGUACAUUAUAUUAUUUGAUUUGUGUGAUGGGUUCAUUUCUUUUAAGUAAAAAUCGGUCAUGAUACAUGUAUAUGGAUACUUUUGUUUAUCUACAAACUAUGUGGAUUUUUCUUGUGUCCUUGGAAAUUAAUAAUGAGGAGCCAUUGUAAGGAAUAGUUAGGAAGGGGACUGGUUCUUGCUAAGAGAGACUGUUCCCUAAUGUAAUGUUAGUCAUUAAGUAAAAUAGCACUAAGUGAAUUACUGCAAAAUGAGGAUUACUGUAUCUUUUAGAAAUGCAUUUAAAUAAAGCUUGAAAGAGCUUAAAAGCUUUUUUAUAUUGAGUAGGUACAGUAAGUUGUUUAUAUGAGUGAUGUAUAUGGUACUGAAGUUACUAAGACUUGUUUGUGUUUUGACACAUUUACAAAUAACUAAGGUUUUUGUAUGUUUUAUAUCUUUAGACAUAAGUAUGGCCUUUGUAUGUUACUAGAUAUAUUUAGGAGCAGCUAUAGACUUUAUACAGUACAUACACGAGUUAUUACAUUUAGAAGAAUCUAUUACAUUUGUAUUUUUACACUAUACAAUUAAGAGCAGCUAGUCUUUGUAUGUUUUUUGAUAUCUUCAAGAGCAAUUGUAAUAUUUUUAUAGAAAUUGUUACAUUAAUUAAAGAGCAACCAUGAAUCCCUUCACUAAAUAUUACCCUGCUCACACACCAACAGCUCGUCAGGUCCCAAAAACCAUUCGUCUCCAUUCACUCCUAUCUAACACUCUUACGCACGCUUGCUGGAAGUCCAAGACCUUUGCCCAAAAAACCUCUUUUACCCCCUCCCUCCAGCUUAUUGAGGAUGACCCCUACCCUGCCUUCCUUCCCCUAUAGAUUUAUAUGCUCUCCAAGUCAUUCUACUUUGAUCCAUUCUCUCUAAAUGACCAAACCACCUCAACAACCCCUCUUCAGAUGUCUAACUAGUCCUUUUAGUAACUCCAUUCCUCCUAAUUUCCACACUAUGAAGUCUCUGCCUAUUUACACCACACAUUGCCUUUAGACAUGACAUCUCCACUGUAUCUAGCCUCCUUGUUGCAGCAUUUACAACCCAAGCUUCACAUCCAAAUGAGUGUUGGUACCAUUAUACUCUCAUACAUUCCCUUCUUUGCCUCCAUGGAUAAUGAUUUUUCUCCACAGAUACCUCAAAGCACCACUUCCCUUUUUUUCUUCAUCAAUUCUAUGGUUAGCCCCAUCCUUCAUAAACCCAUCUACUGACAAGUCAACCCCCAAAUAUCUGAACACAUUCAUAUCAUAUUUUCCAUACUCCCUCCCUCCAGUGUGAUAUCUAAUUUUUCUUUAUCUAAAUUGUUUGAUACCCUCAUCACCUUACUCUUAUCUAUGUUCACUUUCAACUUUCUUCCUUUACACUCCCUCCCAAACUCGUCCACUAAUCUUUGCAACUUUCCUUUAGAAUCUCCCAAGAGCACAGUAUCAUCAGCAAUAGGUAACUGUGUCAGCUCUCAUUUUGUAUUUGAUUCCCCAUAAUUUAAUCUCGCCCCUUUCCCUAACACUACCCCAUCUAUAAAUAUGUUAAACAAUCAUGGUGACAUCACACAUCUCUGUCUAAGGCCUACUUUUAUGGGGAAGUAAUCUCAUUGCACUUAAAAGUAUUUAAAAUACUUGAGUACAAAUUAUGCCACUGUGAUACUCUACAUUUAAAAAGUAAUAAAUUGACCUCGGUCACCCAUGGAAAUAAAGUGCUGGUGUCCCCUCACUUUAUGCAAUAGCAGUUGUACUAAACUCACUCAGGUUAUCAACACUUAAUUCUGCUGUGAUUACAUAUUGCUAAUGUAUGUUGCACAUGUGAAAUUACUAAUAAUGAGGGAAGUCUGUACUGCAGUAAGGAAAAACUGAUGGGUGAGCUUCUUCCUUCCUUAAUGGUUCUCUGGCCUCCACUUUGGCAUAUUAGUGAUUGCUUUUUUUUUCUUCAUUGUAACAGGUUUUUUGCCCCUUUUCAUUUUUUACUAAUGCUUAUUUCUCAGAAUAGUAUUAGCAAGUGAUGACUCUUAUGAAUGCACCAAAAUUUGAAUUUCUCAGCUUGUGCCUUUUCUAAAAUCUUUUAAUGCCAGAUGACUGGAUUAGAGUAUGUUAGGGCACUACUCUUAGGAAAAAAAAAGUUCUAAAAUAAAACAAUGACAGCCUGGGUAUAUUCAUUGCACAAACUUGUAUAUUUACCUCAUUCUUUAUAAUUAUACAAAUUGUAUUAUAAUGCAGUAGACAAUUGUAUUACAUGGAUUUAUUUGCCACGUUUUGGUUAUUACACUAUUGAAAAAUUGCGGCAUAAUUUUAUACAACACUUCGUAAAAUUAACUUAACACGGUUCCGUUUGUGGGCGGAGAAAAAUUUCCCCAGCUCAGGCUGCUGCCUGGCUGUGGGUCAAACCAUUGUCAGUGGGGGAGACAUGCUACCCCCGACACCCCCAUCCCAGCCUUCGUGCAUACGCAUACGUGUCUAGUAUGAUUCUCUUCUAGGAGCUAGCUAUGUUUGUGAAUUGUAUCUGCCAAGCAAUCAUGGCAGCCAGUAAGCAUACGAGUAUUGCUGAAAGUGGCAAGAAAGGUUUGUGUUAAGUCUUGGAGUUACAAAGAAAAUAGAUAUUAAAUAAGAGAGCCUAUGGCCUUAAUGAAGCAUCAGUUUGUACAAUUAUAAAGAAUGAGGUAAAUAUACAAGUUUGUGCAAUGAAUAACCCAGGCUGUCAUCUGACUUGACUUGACUUUUGACUUGACUUUUGACUUGACUUUUGACUUGACUUUUGACUUGACUUUUGACUUGACUUGACCAGCUUAUGUCUUACCGUGAGGUGUGUACUAUUCAGCAGUUGAAAAUUAGCUUCUGAAUCCAUUACAGAAUUUAUGUACACUCCAGUACAGCUGUCGACUUCAGUACCAGAACCUCUACCAUUCACUUCAGCCCAGUAGGGCCACAGCUUAACUCUCCACUCUCUUCAGUCAUCAACAAACACCAGCACCCACAAUUUAAGGUAAGAAAUACUAUUAUUUUUGUUGCAUUUGUAGUCUUAAGUAAUAAAACAACAUAAUACAUCACAACAAUGAACAAUAAUUACAUAUUCACUUUUAUUUUUGUAAGAUCUGGAGGUCUAAAAAAAAGUUGUUUGGCUUUAUUGGGGUUCCCAGGAACUUAACCCUAUUUUAACCAUAAAUUCUUCAGUUUAUCUAACACAGAUUUACCUAAUGGCAUUUUCAGGAACAUAACUACUGUAUAAUAUAACAGUCUACUGUGCAUUUAGUUGUUUACUGUGUGUUUCAAUAAGAGUUGUAAUAGCUAUGGUUCCAUUAUGUGUAGUAGGUCUAACUGCAGACCAUAACUACAGCUAAAUUCCACUAUUUCAUUCUUGUUCAUUCUGAAUAUUCACUCUGCACAACUGUUAUUUUAAAUGAAGAUGAGUGCUGGAUUUUUUUCUGUUGAAGCUCUUGGUAAGUUGAGCUAAAAUUUGUUCAUGAAUCACACAGUCCACUAAAAAUUAACCUGCAUCCCUUAUUGAUAUCAAACUGCCAUGCAGUAUGCCAUUGUGUCUACUCAUGUUGAUAAUUAUUCACCUGUUCACCAGGUGACUGAUAUUGUAAGGAAUUUAAUAAAAAGUUGUAGCAUCAUGUUACCUGAUUUCUUCCAUUAGUCAAUAUUGUAUCUUACUCUUGUUUAGUUAUUGAAAAUUUACUUACAAUUUACAAAAAUUGUAGAGAUAACCGAGCAAAGUGGAGCAAAAAUGUUGGUAAGUGGGAUAAAGGAUAUAUACUGUCAUAUAUGGACUAAAUCCAAUCAUUCUUGAGCUGUUGAGACAAAAAUAUUAGAGAUAUGAACAAAUGAUGCUACAAUUUCUGCACAAACUACGUCUAAUUAUACCAUAAGCCUUACAUUUAUGUGCACAAAUUUAUAAUGAAUACAGUAGUCUAAUGAUUGUGGUUUAUUAUAAAGGAAGUAAGAGAUACCAAAUAUACUUUGAUAUGCCAUUUACUACUUUAUGAUCACUAUGAACGCUACACUUUUACAUUCAUUACUUAAAUAAGUAUUCCCUGCAAAUACUUUUACCCCAGAGAUGCUGAAAUUAUCUGUAACACAUUUAACACCACUGGUUACAAAAUUACCUUUUUUUUUUUUUAUCGAGAUAAUGAAAAGUUUUGUGUAGGGAUUACUUUUACAGGUCUUGCACAUUUCUUAGUUUGAUGAAAAGGGUCUGAGUUCUGGACUGCACUUAUACGUAAGGUAAUUACAGCUUAGGGCCUCAAGAUGAGGUCUCAAAAGAGUGAAGUCUAACUCUGCCUCUAUAUGACUGUGGUUGAAUUAUACAGUACUUAUCACAUGUUAUAUAUUAUAUAUAUAUAUGUGUAUGUACUGUAUAUAUAAAUAUGUUCUGUGUACUCAACAGUGUUAUGAGACUUGUUUUUGGCCUGAAAUAUAGUAUUAAUUUUGGUAAUAAAUUUGGUUGCUGCUGCUCUUUUCAUUUGUUAACCCCUUGACUGUCGCAACCCCCCAAUCCUGAGGUGUCUCCUGGCGCAAAAUUUAAAAAAAAAAAAUUAUUUUUUCUUCUGAAAUGAUAGAGAAUCUUUUCCCCAUUGUAAUGACACCAAAAAAACGAAAUUUGAUGGAAAACUGAUGGAAUUACGCUCUCGCAAAGUUAGCGACCUCGGCGAUUUCGCCCACUUUGAGCCCUAUUUUAGGCUAAUUCCAGUGUUCCAGUCGACCAAACGCAUAGCUAUUUCUUUAGAACUCCAUUUUUUCUAUCGAUUGAGUACAAGAAACUGCCCAUUUACCAAUUUCAACUACCCAAUAAUGUGGUCAGAAAUUUGCAAUUUGGCCAAUUUCACGAAAAUUAAAAAAUGACAAUUUCAAAAUAAGGUCCAGAAUGAGCAAUGCAGACAUUCCUGGCUGUAAAAUAACAUUUUCUUUGUUCAUCAGUCAUGUCUCCAGGCCCCUCUGAUAUUACUCUUGCUUUCUAUUUUGAAUUUUUAUUCAAACAAAAAAUAGAAGAUUAACUAUUAUGCAGACUACUGCAAUACUGUAAUAAUUGUAUAAAUAACAUCAACCCAUUCAUGACUGCAUAUUAGAAUGGCUACUUGGACAUUUAUUGGACAAUGACAUCAUUUGCUUACUUUUGAACAUCGGCAAAAAUCAAACAUUUCCCCUACUUUGAGCUCCAUUUCCAGGUUCUUAUAGUAAAUUCAAUCAAAAUCACCUCUAUUUCUAUAAUAUGUUUUCCAUUCUAUCAAAUGAGACCAAGAAAAUGAGAAUACAACCAUAAAUACUAUACAAAAAUAGACCACAAUGUCGGCAUUUUAAUUAAAAAAAAACUGUCUUUUUUUUUUUUUCUCAUUAUGCACUGCGUGCUCCAGGAUUUUUUUAUAUGGUGCACGCUGACCACACAGACCCAUUCUCUCACAUGUGGGCCUACCAGCUUUCUCCUUGAUUUGAAGCCGCUAGAAUUUAUGAGUAUAUAUACGUCAAACACGGUACCUCGUAAGACAUAUAUAUACGGCCACGACAGUCAAAGGGUUAAUAGUUCUUUGAAAUAGAAGUCUUGUUCAGCAUUACUAAAGCAAGUGGUAUAAUUGCAUCAUUCAAGCAGGAUGUUGUAAAAGUAAAGGGAUUCUAGUGACUGGAGUAUAGCAGGUCACCAACUUAUAAGUGACCUCAGUUACACACAGCAGCACUUGCAAAUAGGUAAUUUAGGAACCAGUUAGUGUGAAAAUCAAACAUCUUUUGAAGUAGUGUUUAUAAUCUUGAUAUAUAUUAAUGCUUCUUAUUAGUUAAUUAGAUGUUCAAUGCAUUAAUUAAUAAAUUUGCUUUGUUUGAUAAUCUUGUAGAGUUUGUAUUAUUAGGGACCAAUAUCUUCAGUUGUGAAAGUCAUUGCUACUCUCCCUCUGUAUGUCUUCUUGUCAACGGUUGUGUAUUGUUGCUGUGACACGUGCAUCUCUUUCUUAUGAAUGUGAAAAUUCGUAAAACUACUUUCUCUUCUUCUGCUUGCCAGUAAGUGUUAUAUUUUACUCUUUUACAGUAUAUUACCUUUAUAUAUUAUUAUUUUACCAAUAAGGUAUGUAAAGUCCAUGUAUGAAAGGUGCACUAAAAAAAAAAAAUUGUAAUUAUACAUUACAUCAUGAGUACAUGACAUUGUGUUCAGCUAUUAAUACAUUGGUUUUAAAUAAGAAUACAUUACUGUAUUUGUGUCUUUUUGUUUUAUGUGAUAUAAAUAUGUAAAUGGAAAAUUUACUUUACACCUUUCAACCGUGGUUUGGCUUAUUCGAUGAUUCUUCAUUAAUGUUUUUCACCAGUACAGAAAAUUAACUUGAAAUACUGGCUAGUGAUAAUUUUUAAUAUAGACAAUAAAUCAUGCAUAUUGUU